ACAAGCUAUUAUAAAAUUAAUUAGUCUAAAUUUUGUAUUUCCGUUGGCUACUUUCCCCUUCCCCCUCCCUUCAUCUUACAUUCCAACUCCAGACUCGAAUCUCGAUUACUCAGUAGUUCGCCGGCUGCUGGCUCCUUCAGGUUCCUGCAGGUCUGCAACCACCGCCGGCUAACUGGCUAAGGCGAGUAGCCACUCCCGCCACCUGCCUGAUCCACCAGAUCCUCCAUGUUCUACUGCAGAUAACCCACGUACGUGGGAUUACAGGAAUUAAUUGUAUCAGCUCAAAAUCCAUAUUGCAGCAGACUACAGACAUAUCAAUAGGUUAUGCGGGAAUUUAACGUAUUGAAUACUGCAGCAGGUAAAACUAUACAGUGGAGCUGGUUUUACUGCUUCAACAGAGGGAGUAGGAUUGAAAGAAGGCGCCAUCUCAAUUCCUAGUUUCAAAUUGCUCAAAACCCAUUAAUCACAAUUCAGCUGAAAUUGGAAACUGGCAGAGCAGCGGAGAGGGGAGCCGUUCAAAUUCUCCUCUUCAGCUCUUCACCAGCGAAGCAAGCUUCAACCCCAUAACAGACUACGGCCAGGUGCUUGCUUAGAAGAUUCAGGCCUAGCUUCUUGUCGACCAGCCUUUGUUGCUCUGUGGAGAACUCGAAAUGCUGAGAAGAUUAGUUGUGCCAGUUUCGUAUCGGCGUCGUUUCUACGAUGCCUCCGUUCGCUCUCUGCGUCGACGUUUUUUGUCUUCUUCUUCUUCAGAAAUACCGACCAGUUCUUUCGUCGAACAAUUGGAGGACCCAUCAAUCCCAGCCACUGCUCAACCAGCUGCUCAACUCUCUAUCGAUCGCUCCGGCUUAUACAACAUUCCUGAGCAUUCUCAUGGACAACCAUCUUCAGACUCGGAGAUGGUUAAGCAUCUAAAAAGCAUCAUCAAGUUUCGUGGAGGGCCGAUCACAGUUGCUGAGUACAUGGAAGAAGUGUUGACAAACCCUAAAUCUGGCUUUUAUAUUAAUCGCGAUGUGUUUGGAGCAGGAGGUGAUUUUAUCACCUCUCCUGAAGUAAGCCAGAUGUUUGGGGAGAUGGUUGGUGUUUGGGUCAUGUGUUUGUGGGAGCAAAUGGGGCAACCCAAUAGAGUGAACCUUGUUGAGCUGGGUCCUGGGCGAGGAACUCUUAUGGCCGAUCUUCUUCGGGGUGCAUCAAAAUUCAAAAAAUUUACAGAAUCUUUGCACAUACAUUUGGUUGAAUGUAGUCCCACACUACGUACACUUCAGAAUGACUGCUUGAAGUGUGAGGGUGAGGAUAAUACAGGUCUAAAUGCAGACAAAAGGACUAUAAGUUCAUUGGCAGGAAUCCCAGUAUCAUGGCAUGCUACACUGGAGCAAGUUCCAUCCGGAGUUCCAACAAUCAUCAUUGCUCACGAGUUUUAUGAUGCUUUACCCGUUCAUCAAUUUCAGAGGACUUCUCGUGGAUGGUGUGAAAAAAUGGUUGAUGUUGCUGAAGAUUCAUCGUUUCAUUUUGUUUUAUCUCCACAUCCUACACCUGCAACUCUUUAUCUGGUGAACCGCUGCAAGUGGGCCACAAAUGAAGAAACUGCUCAAUUUGAUCAGGUCGAGAUUUGCCCCAAAGCAGUAGAUUUAACUCAUUCAAUUGCUAGAAGAAUAAGUUCUGAUGGAGGUGGAGCUCUUAUAAUCGAUUAUGGCCAGAAUGGAAUAGUUUCAGAUAGUCUGCAGGCAAUUCGGAAACAUAAAUUUGUCAACAUACUUGAUAAUCCUGGCUCAGCUGAUUUAAGUGCAUAUGUUGAUUUUGCUGCCAUCAGGCACUCUGCGGAGGAAGCUUCAGAAAUUGUAUCUGUUCAUGGCCCAAUCACACAGUCCCAGUUUCUGGGUUCCCUUGGGAUAAAUUUCAGGGUUGAAGCAUUAUUACGCAACUGCACAGAUGAACAAGCUGAGGCUCUCAAGAUGGGCUAUUGGCGCUUAGUGGGUGAAGGCGAAGCUCCAUUUUGGGAGGGACCUGAUGAGCAGGUGCCAAUUGGUAUGGGUACGCGUUAUUUGGCAAUGGCCAUUGUGAACAAGGCGCAAGGUGUUCCAGUUCCAUUUGAAUAAGUUAUAGGAGGGUUUCUCAGUCCAAAUAUUUUAGGCAUGGGCACAUUACUUAUCAUUUAUGCACUACCAGUAUAUCAUCUCCCAAGUUUAUGUUUUGCUUCAUCAAUUGUUUAUAAAUAUGUUUGGCUUCUCAUUUUA